AUGACCACCAGCAUCAGCAACAGCAGAGAUGGCAGUAGCAGACUGAAUACCGAUACCGAUAACAAAACUGGAGGCAGUGAUGCAGCUAACCCCAAUCUCAGCAACCCGCGAGCACUGCAUGACAGCCAGUCUCAUCUGUCGCCUACCAACAUGGCGAUGUCUGCUCAUGCCUGUUCUCUCGAGUCAUCAGAGGUCGAUGGACAUGUUGAGGGUACGUCUCUUCCUAAGCCUUUGCCACCUGCCUUCCCGCCGCGCCGGCAUCUCAAAGCAUCAUGCACGCAUCCGACCAUGUCGCGUGUCUAUGGUGUCAACCACCGUUGCGAUACAUGUGGGACAUACCCUCCUUUUGGCUGGCUUUACCGUUGCACGCAGGACCGUGAGGAACUCUUGCGCCAAAUGAUUCAUGUCGGGAGUGAGCAAGCUGUAUUCGAUGAGCUGGGAAGGAAGCUCAUCGACCUUGUCAAACCCCGACCCCGCGGCCCCGAGACAAGAAUGGACACCAUCGGCAGCUUCUUCAGCGAGAUCACGCCUGCGCAACUACAAACCUACCGUCCCGACCAGAUCGCUAUCAUCCUGAAGCAGCGCGAAAAUGUCAAAACUGUCCUCCGGCAGGAUGCGGCCAAGAAACAGAACGAGGCCGAGCAGCAACUGUCUGCCUUGCAGGCCAUACGCCACAGCCACUUUGACGCCGUUGAGUUUCGCUCAUCACCUCCCGCUUCGGCGCCCGGACUAGACGAAGUCCGGUGGCAAGAGUUGGAGCGCGAGCGGCCAUGGAUUCCCCACCCUGAGAUGGAGUGUACGUUCAAGGUGUGCCAACAAUGUCGACCGAGCGGCGCCGACCGGAUCUCCAUGAGUCUCGACGGCAUUGUCAAGGGUGAUGUUCCGGCCACGGCAGCCACGGGGUUCGGCUUUCAUAAUUUCGGCCAGCGGCCAGUGUGCGAUGUAUCGGUAGUCGCCAGACUGGGCCUGACGCCGUCUGCGACACGGUUUUUCGAGAACGACGAGUAUGAUGCGCCCGUGGGGUCGUCGGUGAUGGGGACGCCGAGCUCGGAUGGGUACUCGAUGACCAACCUCGACGAUCUCAUGGCACGGCAAGAACAGCAGUUCCGGGAAUGGCAGCAGCUGAGGCAGCAGGGACGUAGCGAAGACAGCUUUGCCAUCCUUUCGCCCAACGGAAAGGGCCAUCUACCACGCUCGCCAGGCUCACCGGACCUGAAGCACGCGGCGGAUACGGACAUGGAAGUGCACGAGAUGAAGACAGGCGAGUUUGAGUCGGCCCCACUUGUGGUCGACGACGGCAUUGCGGUGCUCGAGGAGAGCCUAGAGCUGCACGUACCGGAUGUUGUUACCCAGGUUUAA